AUAUAGUGAAUGCAGGGUCCGGGGAGACCAGACAUAGUGAAUGUGGGGUCCUGGGAGACCAGAUAUAGUGAAUGCAGGGGCCUGGGAGACCAGAUAUAGUGAAUGCAGGGUCCGGGGAGACCAGAUAUAGUGAAUGCAGGGGUCCUGGGAGAUCAGAUAUAGUGAAUGCAGGGUCCUGGGAGACCAGAUAUAGUGAAUGCAGGGUCCUGGGAGCCCAGAUAUAGUGAAUGCAGGGUCCUGGGAGACCAGAUAUAGUGAAUGCAGGGUCCGGGGAGAUCAGAUAUAGUGAAUGCAGGGUCCUGGGAGACCA